AGGACAGAAAGCUAAACUAAUCCUGAACCCAGAGAAUGUGUGUGUGGGUGCUGGGGGGAGAUAGAAAUUGGGGGCUGGAUCGACAGGACCAAUGCAGGUUGAGUUUUCCUCCCUCUCCUCCACUAUGUUUCAUUGGGGCUGGAAGCUGUAGUGAUGAGAGCCAAUGUCUGGUGGUGUCACUGACCUGCAGGCUCUGCAGAGCCACCUCCAGGCCAUGGAGCAAGGGACAGGAGAUGGCAAGCAGCCAGACGAUCACCCACUGUACAAACUGUCUGAGCCUGGGCUGGACGGUGCUGCUCUCUGCAGCCCUGACUUCCAGCAGCCCCAGGAGCUGGAGCUCCAGGAGUCCCGAGGACAUGCCCCCCCAGAAUGUACCAGCGCCCAAUCCCAUGGAGCCCUGAGCAGCCUUGGGAGGCCCAGCCACUCUCUGCUGUGCGUGGAAGAGGAGGUCAAGAACCGGAAAAGACCCAGGCUCUCCAAUGGACCCGAGGCCAGUCCCAGCCUUGUCUCUCACUUCCGUCGUGCGCUGAGCGGGCCACAGCCCCAGGGCCCGUCCCCCUUUGGACACAUCCUUCAGAGCAAUAGCCUGGAUCUCCACAGCAGACGUCCCCAGGACGGGCUGCCACACACCAGGACUCUGGACAACCCCAGAGCCACGCAUUCUGGGGCUUCGGUGCUCUACAGGCCCAGCCCAGAGCCACUGGAGUCUCCAUCCCUGAAUUACGGACUCGAGGAUUGCUGCCCAUGGAGCGGCCGAGCUCCCUCAGGAGGCAGCAGCAUUAGCAGCCAAGCGAGCAAGGUGACGGGUCUAUAUGCCGAGCUGGUCAAGGAGCUGGAGCUGCAGAUGGCCGAGCUGCGGAAUCUCCUCGCCUCUCGGGAAGAGGCCGCCAUGUGGCAGGAGAGGAGGAUCAAGGAGCUGGAGCUGGAGAACCAGCAGCUGAAGAGCCAGCUGCGGAACCUAGAGGAGCAGAACGACCUCCUCUCCAGCAGGAACGGGGCAGGGGCAGCGGCAGCCAGGACAGUGCUGGGGUCCGGAAACAGCUGUGUUGACAUCAACGAGAGCAACAUCCAGUUCCUGAAGGGCCUGGUGGGGCUGCUGGAGAGCAACACGGCGUUGCAGGCCAAUGGCCUCCAGCCAUUCUCCUCUCCCAAUAUGGGGGAGCAGAGGUGCACCCCAGCUGAGAUCCCCAAAAGCCCCCCAGUCUGGAGGAUGCGAGCUGGGGUCCCAAGCGGCUUCCCACCCUGGAUCAGCACAGAGGACAGCUCGGGGAGCCCCGUCAUGCUCAGUGAUGCCACCUGCUUAUGGGAGGAGAACGUACAAGAUAUGCUGCCCGAUGGCACCCCAGUGUGGGCAUCACCCGUGGAGGAGAAUGGGAGGCCCAAGCUGGAGCUGAUCCCCAACUCGGGGGUCUACAUCACCCACAACCAGCUGGAUGACCUCUCGCAGGUUUCCACCGACAAGCCCAAGCUGAUGACCAGGCGCCUGCUGGAUUACUUCUUCUCCCGGGAGACGCUCGCCAGAUCUUCGGCCACCGGCCAGCGCAUCGCCCACAACAACACGACCAUGGAGAAACCCAUCCGCCUGCCGGUCGCUGUGGUAAAUGCUAUCAAAGUUAAUCAGCCACCCUCGCGCAGUUCCCGGGACGUAGGGAUUACCACCCCGUUCGGCAGCAAAAGAUUCAGACUCAGAGGGUGAAGAUACCACUGUGCUAAAUGCAAGAUCAGAUUGGAUGGGUGAUGCCCAAGGUCGCAGAGCAAGUUAGUAGCACAUCAGGGAUGAGAGUGCAGGACCAGGGGCAUGGUGUCCUUGUCUGGGUCCCACAUGCUGCAUUGCGGGUGAGCGUGGGUUUUGCAUGAUGGGAUCUGGCGUGAUUCAUCUCCGUGGAUUCAGAAAAAGCCAGAACGACGCUGGUUUUUUGCUCCACUUCUCUGCCCAUCCCCACCCUCCUCCAGAGUACGUCACCAAGGUGUGCGGCAAGAGCUGCAACUUCAACGCCGUGAUCAACAGCAAGUGUGGUACCUCCCGGAGGGCGGUCAAAAAAAUGAUCAUCAAAAUGGAGUAGACGGCGACGCCCAUUGAGACAACGGCGAACCAGCUCCCAAGACGCUCCUCAGAGGAUCCAUCGCCCCCACUCCAACGUACGCUGGCGGGAGAUCGACACAGCGGUGCUGGUGGCCCAGGUCCCCUCCCACCCAGCUGCAUUGGGGGGGAGCGUGGUGGAGGUGACGCACCCCUCCCAGCAGACGUUACGGGGACAGCAGUGGUGCAGUUUAGUACGUGCACCACAAGGCCUGAAGCGCCUGCUGUGUGGCCGUCCUGGGGCAUUCGGUCCUAGCAUACGGACCUCGGUGCGUGCAUUCCUGGGGAGGGGAGACUUAACGCCUUCUAAGGAAGCAUCUGGGAUCUGCCGCGCCUGGGGGAGAAGAGAGCUGGCGGGUACGUUCUGGGGCAAUAGCUCUGACGUUCCGUUCUGACGAGUCCCUGAGGGGGGAGGGUUGAUCCCAACUGGGACGCGGCACUCACCCAUGGGAAAUCUUGGUCCUCUUUCAAAACUUGUCAGCUCCAUUCAGGAAUCCCAGCUCCGUGACGCUGAACGUUAACACUGCGGCCCUCUCCUCCGCCUGUGGGCAAACUCUUCUCCCCUCACAUUGGACUGGAAGAGGGACAAUGCUGGCAGUGGAAUGGGGCCCAGGCUGCAGUCACGGCACUGGACUCUCUGGCCAGAGCAGGGGAACUUCUGCUUUGAAACAGUUCUUACCAGACUAUUUACCGACCGGGCCUGUAGAUGAACUCAGAGCCUUAGUCUUUGGAGUGGGGGGGAUUUCAUCUCCCUCCCAUAGGGCAAGGUCUGCUCUCAUGCAGAGGCUCACGGUGCGGCUCAAAAAGCAAUUUCUCUGCUCAUUGUAGGUGUAAUAAUUUAACUGUGGGCAAGGCAUUAUUUCCCCCCCAUAAAGAAAGUUCCCAUAAAUAUUCGUUCUUGUAAAUAAAAUAAUCCUUCCUCUCCCCCCAACUUCCCUAAUAAAGGCUGGAAUGUAA